AUGUAUGUCUAUACAGUUGAGCAUGACUGCACAACAAAUCAAGCAUUUGCUAAGGUCAAAGUCUGCUCAACAGAGCUAAAUAUGAAAAUUGAUACAGGAGCUCAGGUCAAUGUUCUCCCAAGGUCAAUACUCAGAUCAUUAGGCAAAUUAGGUCCCGUACUUCCAACACAAAAGCAAUUAACCGUAUACAAUGGUCAGCCUCUCAAAGUCGAUGGCUGUAUCAAUCUUCCUUGUACUUAUAAAGGUCAAAUCUCUACAGAAGAGUUUUACAUAGUAGAUACACAUUCAAGCCCCAUUCUAGGUCUUCAAACAUGCCUUAAAUUAAACUUAAUUAAGUUAGUUCUGUCAAAUACGUGCACAGUGCCUAUCACAAAGGAGCAAGUGCUCAGUACUUACUCAGAUGUUUUCAACGGAAAAGGAAAAUUGCCAGGGGAAUUUGAAAUACAGUUGCGUGACAAUGUCACACCAGUUGUUCACCCUCCACGCAGAGUUCCUAUUGCCAUUCGUGACAAACUUAAAAUAGAGCUUGACAGAAUGGAAAGCUUAGGAAUUAUUAAGAAAGUCACAGAACCGACAGACUGGGUAAAUAGUCUAGUUGUAGUAGAAAAACCUAAUGGCUCCUUACGGUUAUGCUUAGAUCCGAAAGAUCUAAACAAUGCCAUCAAAAGACCUCAUUACCCUAAUAGGACUAUCGACGACAUAUUGCCCGACUUGUCAAAUGCUACUGUGUUUUCAAAAUUAGAUGCAUGUAGUGGUUAUUGGUCUAUCCAACUAACAGAAAAGUCAUCUUACUUGACAACUUUUAACAGUUGUUUUGCAAAAUACAGAUUCCUAAGACUCCCAUAUGGCCUAAAGAAUGCAAAUGAUGCAUUUUGUGCAAAAAUGGAACAGUGUCUGGAAAAUUUGCCAGGAGUAAGAACAAUUGUCGACGACAUUGUUGUUUACGGCAAAGAUAGGGCAGAACAUGACCAAAAUUUGGACAAACUCUUGAGAAGAUGUCAAUUAAUAGGUAUCAAGCUCAAUCCCGACAAAAAAGAAAUAGGGAAAACAGAGUUACCUUUCUUUGGCCACUUAAUUACUGAUCAAGGUUUAAAAAUAGAUCCUGCAAAGGUCAAGGCCAUAGCAGAGAUGCCAUCUCCUACUUCUAAACAGGAAUUGCAAACAGUGCUAGGCAUGGUCACAUACUUACAGAGAUUUGCACCCAAACUCUCUGAAAUUACAGCACCCAUGAGACAGCUUCUAUCUAAAGAUGUAGAUUUUAGCUGGGAUGCACCCCAGGAAAAUGCCCUGCAACAGGUUAAAAGCAUUAUUACACAAAGCCCUGGUCCAAUACUCUCUUACUUUGACCCAAAUAAGGAAAUUACUCUUCAAGUCGACUCGUCCAAGUAUGGUUUAUCUUCAGUAUUCAUGCAGGAGGGUAAACCAGUUGGUUUUGCAUCAAAGUCACUUACCCCUACUGAGGUCAAUUAUGCCCAAAUCACAAAGGAAUUGUACGCUAUCCUUUUUGGAUGUAAAAAAUUCCACCAGUACAUUUGCGGUAAACGUAUUACAUGUCAAAGUGAUCAUAAACCUCUCCAAGCUAUAUGGAAAAAAGGCUUGAACUCAGCACCUCCACGACUGCAGCGCAUAUUACUGCAUUUGCAGCCGUAUGAUAUUGAUGUAGUUUUCAUCCCCGGGAAAAAUAUACCCAUGGCAGAUUGUUUGUCUCGGAAAUUCUUACCAGACACAUGCCCAGAAAUAGCCGAAUCGGCUAAUCUAGAAACACAUGUACACACAAUAAUGUCUAACUUACCAGUGAGUGACCAAAAAAUGGAACAAAUUAGGUUAACAACCAAAUCUGACCCACAAAUGAAAAUUCUUUCAUCAGUUAUUCAUGAAGGAUGGCCUAAUAAUAGAUCAGAUUGCCCUCAAAGUAUUCUGGAAUUCUGGAAUUUCAGAGAUGAAUUAUCAGUUAUAGAUGGUGUCAUCUUAAAGAAUACUAAAAUUCUAGUUCCAGCAGAGCUCAGACCACUCAUGCUUGACAUUAUUCAUGAUGCGCACUUAGGUGUAGAAAAAUGCUUAAAUAGAGCUCGAAACCUGCUCUUUUGGCCAAACAUGGCCACAGACAUAAAGAAAAAAGUCCUGGAAUGCCCUAUAUGUAUAGAGCAUAGGUGUUCAAACCCAAAGGAACCCCUGAGACCAAAUAAAAUACCUGAUAGACCGUGGCAAAUUUGUGCUACAGAUCUCUUUCAUUGGAAUAACUCAGAUUAUGUGUUAUUAGUUGAUGCUUACAGCAAGUACUUUGAAGUAAGUCAAAUCUCAAGUACAAAAUCUAGAACAGUCAUUAACAAAUUGAAAAGCUUCUUUAGCCGACAAGGAAUACCUGAAGUAUUAUACUCAGAUAAUGGCCCAUGUUACAGUGCAGAAAGUUUCUUACAGUUCACAAAACUGUAUGAUUUUUCUCAUGUUACAUCAUCCCCAGGUCAUUCAUCAGGCAAUGGUUUGUCAGAAAUCACUGUCAAAACUGUCAAAAAUCUGUUUACAAAAUCAAAACAAGCAGGAAAAGAUCCUUAUCUUGCCAUGCUGGAAUAUCGCAAUGCCCCAUUACCCUGUGGAAAAUCUCCAGCACAGCUGCUUAUGAGCAGACAGUUAAGGUCAACAUUGCCAUUAAUGUCAGAGCAACUUGAUCCCAAAGUUCCUGACACUCAGGUUAUCAGAGACAGCAUGUUUAAUGCUAAACAAAGGUCAAAAUAUUAUAAUGACAGGUCAACUAAAACCCUCAAACCUCUAGAAAUUGGAGAAGGUGUUAGAAUUAGGCAAGGAAAAAGUUGGUUACCUGCAGAAGUUAUGCAUAAAGUUCAUGACAGAUCUUAUGAUGUAAGAACAAAAGAUGGUGCUAUAUAUAGACGAAAUAGAUACCAUCUACUUAAAUCAAAUGAACAACCAUUUUCUGAAACUGAGAACAGUUCAAAUUAA